GUCACUGUCAACGAAAACCCGGAAAUCAGGCACCAAAAAAAGCAAGUUGUGUUGCGUUAACAGUGGAUUCGAUUACUUCAGUUGGGUGAGAAGCUACAGAAGUUACAAACCACGUUAGUUGCUGUAUCUACCUAUUGAAAAUAAAAGCCGAAAUCAGGUGUAAGACAUUUGAGGACAACGGAUUUUAGAUAAGGAAGAGUAGCCUAACCAUCGAUAGAUUCAUGAUAUCGAUAAAUGUUCAACUCCAAUGAAGCAAGCCUAAGGAUGACACUAUAGACUGAUCGGAAAACGAGGAUAGAUCAUAACAGGCCUCAUUGAAAGAUGGGUUUGGCAUGUAGAAGUACAUGUUACCAUGAAAGAGUAGAGUAUAAUUUGUAUAAAUGCCAAGGGGGGCUUAGGGUAGCCUAGAUACUAUUAUUUAGGAGUCGAGGUAGGGCGUUGCAAAUACAAGCUAUAACAAUACUAUUAUAAGAUAAAUGUGCAACGUUUGGUGCAAUACUGCGAAAACUUCAAAAUAAGACGCUAAGCUGAAUUGCGGACUCUAUCUAACCACAUAAUAGGUGGUUUCACUGUAAGUUCAGUUCGGGGACUGACACGUAGCUUUAGAUCGGGCCAACAGGGACCGAGCAGCUGCCGUGAGUUUCAGUUAUAGAGAUACGGGUCUUUUUCGUUCUCACCGCGUUUUAGAAAGCUUUGUUAUGUCGAGAACUAGUCGACGGUACAAGCCUUUGCAGGCGAAUAACGGUGCUCUCCCUGGUUGCAACUCGGUUCGGAUGCCCCGUGCUCGGGUACUGGUCUUCUGUCUCUUGGGUGUGCUGACUCUUGCUAUGGUGUUGGGCUUAUAUUUGUCCAACGAAACAAGCAGCAACCGCAACAACAGAAUCCCCGUCGUAGAUUUGGCAAAAGACCGGUUAUCCCAUAAGGCCAGUAAGUCUUCCCCAUCCCAGGUACGACGGCUGGUGUCCCAGGUAGACGGAUCACGCCUGUGGGAGACUCACCUUAGGCCCAUCCUCAUUGAGAGACUCCCAGGAACCCUGGGCAGCCAGGCCGUACGCCAACACAUCUCCUCCACCUUGUCCUCUCUCUCCGCUGGCUGGACAGUAGAACUCGACUCUUUCCUGUCGCCAACGCCUCGGGGUCAGGUCACUUUCUCCAACAUCGUUGCGACCCUUGACCCCGGGGCCCCUCGCAGGCUGCUGCUGACCUGCCACUAUGACUCCAAGGUCCUACCCCCAGACCCCCGCGUCCCGGAGAGAGUGUUCCUGGGGGCCAGCGACUCAGCGGUGCCCUGUGCCAUGAUCCUGGAGCUAGCUUCUGCCUUGGAUGCCCAGCUCAAAGCUCUCAAUCAGCAGGCAUCUGCUGUCACCCUCCAGCUAGUGUUUUUUGAUGGAGAGGAGUCGUUUGAGGAGUGGACAGCCACAGACUCUCUCUAUGGAUCAAGGCACCUGGCAGAGCGCAUGGCACACACACCCCACCCACUAGGUUCCACACACACCAACCUGCUGCAGGCUGUGGAUCUCUUUGUUCUACUGGACCUGCUUGGUGGUCCAGACCCUUUGAUUGUAAAUCACUUUGACAACACUGCCCGCUGGUUUGACCGUCUCAUCGCUGCAGAGAAGAGGCUGCACAGGCAGGGUCUGUUGACCUCUCACCCCUCUGAGCAGACCUACUUCAGGAAGGACGUGUACCUGGGCCCUGUGCAGGACGACCACAUCCCCUUCCUACAUAAAGGAGAGAGUGUUGACGAGGACAAGGCUGGAGAUCACUGUCAUGCUGAUUGAGUUCAAAUAACAGACUGGAAGCUUCAAAAGGAGAGCGGUGCUUGGAAUCAUUGUUCCUCCUCUCAACCAUAGUUACCUGCAAGGAAACACGUACCAUCGUCAUUGCUUUGCACAAAAAGGGCUUCACAGGCAAGGAUAUUGCUGCUAGUAAGAUUGCACCUAAAUCAACCAUUUAUCAGAUCAUCAAGAACGUCAAGAAGAGCGGUUCAAUUGUUGUGAAGAAGGCUUCAGGUCGCCCAAGAAAGCCAUUUUUUCUGAUGGAUCCCCUUUCCGAUUGUUUGAGGCAUCCGGAAAAAAGCUUGUCCAGAGACGACAAGGUGAGCGCUACCAUCAGUCCUGUGUCAUGCCAACAGUAAAGCGUCCUGAGACCAUUCAUGUGUGGGGGUUGCUUCUCAGCCAAGGAGGUGGGCUCACUCAUAAUUUUGCCUAAGAACACAGCCAUGAAUAAAGAAUGCUACCAACACAUCCUCUGAGAGCAACUUCUCCCAACCACCCAGGAACAGUUUGGUGACGAACAAUGCCUUUUCCAGCGUGAAUGGAGCAUCUUGCCAUAAGGCAAAAGUGAUUACCAAUUGGCUUGGGGAACAAAACAUUGAUAUUUUGGGUCCAGAACUCCCCAGACCUUAAUCCCAUUGAGAACUUGUGGUCAAUCCUCAAGAGGCGGGUGGACAAACAAACAACCCACAAAUUCUGACAAACUCCAAGCAUUGAUUAUGCAAGAAUGGGCUGCCAACAGUCAGGAUGUGGCCCAGAAGUUAAUUAACAGCAUGCCAGGGCGGAUUGCAGAAGUCUUGGAAAAAGGGUCAACACUGCAAAUAUUGAUUCUUUGCAUCAACUUCAUGUAAUUGUCAAUUAAAAACCUUUGACACUUAUGAGAUGCUUGUAAUUAUACUUCAGUAUUCCAUAGUAAUAUCUGACAUAUCUAAAGACAAUGAAGCAAACUUUAUGGAAAUAAAUGUGGCACUCAACUUUUGGCCACGACUGUACCAUCACAACACUUCGUCGCCUCGGCUGAUGGGAUUUUGUCUUAAGAAAUAAUUUAAAUCCUGCAAUUCUUUCUUUCACACCAACUCAGGUGUUCCUGUGCUUCAUGUCAUUGCCACCCCCUUCCCCCCAUUCUGGCACACGCUGGAUGACACGGAGGAGAACAUGCACCGACCCACAGUGGAAAACCUGACCAAGAUUCUGGCUGUGUUCCUGGCUGAGUACCUGGGCU